AUGGAGAGCCAAUUGGCUCAAAUUGCACAACAAGUUGGAAGUUCAUCCUCCAAUCCUAGCGGUCACUUUCCAAGCUCAACGGUAGUGAACCCAAAGGAGAAAGCUAAGGCUAUUACUUUGAGAUCGGGAAGAGGCUAUGAGGGCCCGGUUAUGAGUGAAGAGGAGCCACAAAAGAGAGAUGAGGGAGUUGUGGUGAGAAGUGAGGAUGAUUUUGAAAAUGAAGUAGUUGAAGUUAAGAAAAAAGAACAACAAAAGAGUGAUGAGGAAGCCACAAAGAGAUAUGAGGGAGAUGAAGGAAGCGUAGAAAAGCCCCCUAUGAGAGUAUAUAAGCCCCCCAUUCCGUUUCCUCAUAGAAUUGUAGAGAAGAAGUUGAAUGAGAAGUUUUCAAAAUUUCUUGAAGCCAUGAGAGGACUUCAAGAUCUUCUAUCCAACAAGAGUAGGCUUGAAGAGAGUGCAACCAUCUCCCUUCUUAAGGAGGUGAGUGCAAUCAUUCAAAACAAGCUUCCCCAAAAGCUUGGUGACCCCGCUAGCUAUGCAAUACCGGUGAAGAUUGGAGAUUUGGAAGCUAUGGAUGCUUUAUGUGAUCUUGGGGCAAGUGUGAGCUUGAUGCCCUAUUCUAUUGCAAAGAGCUUGAAAGUUGGAGACUUGAAACCAACAAGAAUGUCCUUACAACUAGCCGACCGCACGGUUAGGCUACCUUUGGGGAUUCUUGAAGAUGUGCCGGUUCAAGUUGGAAGAGUAUUUGUGCCAUGUGAUUUUGUAGUAAUGGAGAUGGAAGAAGAUUCAAGAGUACCCCUCAUUUUGGGGAGACCAUUUUUAAACACCGCGGGAGUGAUGAUUGAUAUGAAAGAAGGAAGAUUGACUUUGAAUGUGGGAGAUGAGAAAAUUUCAUUUUCAUUCUCACAAACUUUGAAAAAGCCAUUGAUUGAUGAGGUUCAUAGAAUUGACACAUUGGAGAGGGACUUAGAAGAGUUCCGGGAAAUAUUGUAUGAAAGUGAUCCUUUACAAGCCACCUUAACGGGAAGCUUAGUUGAGGAGGGUGAAGAAGCAAAGGGGUAUGAUCUCUUACUCAACCAACCUUUGGUCCAUGAUGUGAUGAAAUUUGAUGUGCUUAACGUGGAGGCAAAAGAGGAGAGGACUACGCCUCCUCCUAAGGUUGAACUUAAACCCCUUCCCCCUCUACUUAAAUAUGCUUUUCUUGAUGAUAGUGAGAGUUAUCCCGUUAUUGUCAAUGCUAAGCUCGAUGACACCUCUCUUGAGAAACUCCUAGUUGUUCUAAGGGAGUAUAGAGAUGUCAUUGGGUACAAAAUUGAUGACAUUAAGGGGAUAAGUCCCACCAUUUGCAUGCAUAAAAUUCUACUUGAUGAUGAUCAUGCUUCCUCGAUUGAGCACCAAAGAAGGCUCAAUCACAACAUGAAGGAAGUGGAGAAAUGUCAUUUCAUGGUAGAGGAGGGUAUUGUUCUUGGUCAUGUGAUUUCUAGUAGGGGCAUUGAGGUAGAUCGUGCGAAGAUUGAAGUAAUUGAGCGCCUCCCACCCCCUACAAAUGUGAGGGGAAUAAGGAGCUUUCUUGGACAUGCGGGUUUUUACCGCCGGUUCAUAAAGGAUUUUUCAAAAAUCGCAAAGUCGCUCACUCAAUUGUUGGUAAAAGAUGUCCCUUUUGUGUUUACUAAUGAUUGUUUGCUAGCAUUUGAUAGGUUGAAGGAGGCCUUGAUUUCGGAUCCUAUCAUUCAACCCCCUAAUUGGGAGCUUCCUUUCGAGCUUAUGUGUGAUGCUUCGGAUUUUGCCGUUGGGUCCGUUCUUGGACAAAGGAAAGACAAGAAGCUCCAUGCUAUCUAUUAUACUAGCAAAACAUUGGAUGAGGUCAUAGUCUUCACCGACCAUGCGGCCUUGAAGUACCUCUUGUCCAAGAAAGAACCUAAGCCAAGAUUGAUACGGUGGGUCUUGCUCUUGCAAGACUAUGAUAUUGAGAUUAGAGACAAAAAGGGUGCCGAAAAUGUGGUGGCCGAUCAUCUUUCACGGUUGCCUAUCUUCGUAGGUGGUCUUGAUAACUUGCCAAUUGAUGAUUCAUUUCCGGAUGAUCGACUAUUUGCUAUCCUUCAAGCACCGGCACCAUGGUUUGCGGACAUUGCAAACUACUUGUCUUGCUCUAUUCUUCCUCCCGACCUCACCUAUCAACAAAAAAGGAAGUUUCUUCAUGAUGUUCGUCAAUACUUUUGGGACGACCCUUGCUCUUUAAACAAGGUGUUGAUGGCCUUUUUAGAAGGUGUGUCCCGGAUGAUGAGAUUGAAAGUGUUAUCACAAUGUGUCACUCCUCACCUUGCGGAGGGCAUAUGA